AUGCCUUCUGAGAAGCGUUCGUCGUUUUCGAUGCCAAGCCUGCUGAGCCUGGUCUGUGUCGCGCUACUGAUGGCCGGCCAGGUGACCAACGUGGCUGCUGCGCCUGUUGCUAUGCAGGAUGCGGGUGUGGCUGCGCCUCUUGCCCACCGUGCGCUGGACGCCGGUGCGGCGGAUGCGCAUGCCAUGGCGCAUGACCGUCGUGGUGCCAUGAUGCACCACCACCAGGGUAUGCGCAAAAUGCACCGCCGUGAGCCAACCUGGGCGCCGUUCACGGGUACAAUCCUUGUACCUGAGUCGGAUAUCCCUGUGUCGACGGACACGGUCACUACGACAAAAACGAAGAAGGGCAAGAAGUCCACUGUGACGCAGUACAAGACCAGCACGACGCAUGUGACAGAGACAGUCUCGGCCACACCCACGCACUGGACCUCGACAGCUACCUUGGCAGCUACUUGGCCACGCCUGCGGUGGCAGGCAAUGGCACGCCGGUGGUCGUGA